AUAAAAACCAUAAAUUAUACAUAGACAAUUAUUUUUGCUCAUAUCCGCUACUUCUUUACCUGAAAGAAAGUGCAAUUUGGACUUGUGGCACCAUAAAUUAUACAAGAAAGAAUAUCCCGAAAAUGAAAGAUGAUAAACAGUUAGCUAGAGGAGAAACAGAUUGGAAAACUAGUGAUAGCGGCUUAUCCAUUUUCAAAUGGAAAGACAAGAGAUCAGUGCAUCUCCUCUCCAACUAUCAUGAUCCUAAUCUGUAUACAAUAGUGAAGAGAAAAGAAAAGAAUGGAACCUCUAUUGACGUGAAGUGCCCUCGCGUACUCCAAGACUAUAAUAUGAGCAUGGGAUUUGUUGAUAAAUUGGACCAGUUGAAAACUUACUUCGAAAUCAAUCGUCAGAGCCGCAAGUGGUGGCAUCGUAUUUUUUUCCAUUUUGUAGAUGUUGCCGUCGUGAACUCUUAUAUUUUAUAUCGCUUGAUCGGCGAAGAAAUCACACAUAAGGAUUUUAGGAGAAGAGUUAUAGAUGGAUUAGUAGCAGAGAAGAUUGUCUCAUUAAAAAGAAAACGAGACAACAGUCCAUUAGAAAUUAAGAAGCAUAAACCGCAAGUAUCCAUAGAAGUCAGACUUGACAGUUCAGCACAUCAACCUGGAAGAGGCACCAGAAGAAGAUGCGCAGUAUGCAGCACAAAAAUUAACCAAGUGAGAACUGAAUGGACCUGUACAAUUUGUAAAGUUCCUUUGUGUUUGUCCAAAACGAAAACAUGCUUCCAGGAUUUCCACUCAAAGGCAUAGUGGUACACUAUAUGUACCACCUCCUAUAGGGUCCCACGAUUUUUUUGGAAAAAAAUUUACAUUGAUUUUUCAUUAUAUAUUCAUAUUUCUUCCUAAAUAAAUACAAAAACAUAAGUAAUUAUGAACUUUUAUUUGUCGUGCCACCCGUGCAAAAUAUCUUCGCUGAUCUCUGUGCCAAUAAGGGUUAACUCGAGUUUUGU